UAAUUUAAUUAGUCUUCAGGAAUUUUUGCCUUCAGUGCGGAACUGCUUAGUUUACAUAGCCAACCAAGAAGGCAAGCAGGAGCAAGGAAUAUAAGAGGGAGCAGACGACUGUUUCUCUCCAAAUACUAAUGUUUUGACGGACAUAAACACAACAUCAUGUUCAUUGUUAACAACCGACGGACAAGCGUGGUUUCAAAUGCCACAGAAUCUGUAGACUUUAGUGAAAACGCGCGUACUGGACCUUAUUUAGAGGGAAACCUUAAACUGAUUGGUACACUUGACUGUAACACAGAUGUGAUGUGCUGUAGAUUUAGUCCAGAUGGACAACACUUAGCUGUGGGUCUAAUUGAUGGCUCUGUCAAGAUCUACAGUCCUUCCACAUACCAGUGCCUCUACAGUCUCCAGGACACAGAUACUCAGAAGAAACAUCUGCCUGUUACUCAGAUUCGAUUCCGACUAUACUCAUCCGAUGAAAAACCCGAGUAUUCACACAUUCUUAUUGCCUCAUAUGCAUCAGGUUUAGUCAAAUUUUGGCAUUACACAUCAGGGAAAUGUCUGCAUACGAUCAACGAAGUCCGACAAACACUAAAUCUAGCUCUAAGUCCAGACGGCAGCAGAUUUCUGACUACCGGUGACAGUCCACAAAUCCAUGUGUACGACGAAGACACAAAAAAGAGGAUCAAUACGCUGGAACCAAGUGAUUCUCGAGAUAAGAUGGAUGGUCAUCAUUUCCGAGUGUUUGCAGCCCAGUAUCAUCCUAACUUCCCUCACGUCUUCAUCUCAGGAGGCUGGGAUAACACAGUGCAUUUUUGGGACGAUCGACAAAAACAGUCAAUAAGACUGAUCAGUGGACCACACAUCUGUGGGGAAGCCUUAGACAUCGACCCAAUUCACAACCACAUCCUAACCGGGUCCUGGAGGAAAACCGACGUACUUCAGAUCUGGGAUUUUGCUAGUGCUGAGAAAAUAAAGGAUGUUCCUCCAGAGCCUAUGAAUGACAGUUUGCUAUACUGUUGCCAAUGGCUGGGAAAGGAAAACAUCAUUUGUGGAGGAUCGGACAUGAACAUGGCCAGAGUUAUUGAUAGGGGAACAUUAAAUACAACUGGGCAUUUAUGUGAACUUCCACAGGGCGUAUAUUGCAUCGAUAAUGAUGGCCAUGGCAACAGCCCCCUGGUGGCCAUAGGAAGUAGCAACAAUAUUUAUCUGGUGCGCAGUGAAAAGAAAAUCAGCUAAAACUCAGUUCUAUGGUUUAUUUACAUGUAUCCAACAUGUUAUGACAUUCAGGUGAUAUUUGAACAUAAACUUGAUGAUUUUGAAAUGAUAUUGAGCAUUUUAUUAAUGUGAUACACCUUGUAAACAUGU